GGGGUGGGGCCCGGCGGCGCCUCCGGAGAACUUUUUCUUCCUCCCAAGUUUCCAGAAGUUUCUCCGGCGGCUUUAAAUAGCCCCCUCCCGCCGGCGGGGCUCUGCAGACAGGGCAGCAGCUGCAGGCGGGACCCCUGCCAACCUCUGCAAGCGAGCGGGCCCCGGGCAGGCCGCGGUUCUCCAGAAUGAAAAAGGGAAACGUUGACCACACUAAGAAAAAGUUUCAAGGUUCAGGUUUUCCCCAAGUCUUACAGAAAUCAUGUGGGUGUUCACACUCCUGGCGCUCAGCGCCGUCGCCGCCGUGCCCUCGGAAAAGAAAAAGUUGAGCGAUAAAGCAACGGCCCUGGCUGACCGGAGCACCAACCUGGCCUUCAGCCUUUACCACGCGAUGGCCAAGGAUAAGAACAUGGAGAACAUCCUCUUGUCUCCGGUGGUGGUGGCGUCCUCCCUCGGUCUGGUGUCCCUGGGGGGCAAGGCUUCCACGGCGUCCCAAGCCAAGGCCCUGCUCAGCGCCGACAAACUGAACGACGACUACGUCCACAGCGGCCUGUCGGAGCUCCUCAGCGACGUGAGCAACUCCACCGCCCGCAACGUCACGUGGAAGAUCGGCAGCCGCCUCUACGGCCCCAGCUCCAUCACCUUCGCCGACGACUUCGUCAAGAGCAGCAAGAAGCAUUACAACUACGACCACUCCAAGAUAAACUUCCGGGACAAGCGGAGCGCCGUGAAGUCCAUCAACGAGUGGGCGGCGCAGACCACGGACGGCAAACUGCCCGAGGUCACCAAGGACGUGGACAAGACCGACGGGGCCUUGAUUGUCAACGCCAUGUUCUUCAAACCUCACUGGGACGAGAGAUUCCAUCACAAGAUGGUCGACAACCGGGGCUUUAUGGUCACCCGUUCCUACACAGUGGGCAUUCCCAUGAUGCACCGCACAGGCCUGUACCCAUAUUACAACGACGAGGCAGAGAAUCUGCAGAUAGUGGAAAUGCCCCUGGCCCACAAGCUGUCCAGCAUGAUCUUCAUCUUGCCGAACCACGUGGAGCCGCUGGAGCGAGUGGAGAAGAUGCUGACCAGGGAGCAGCUGAAGACUUGGAUGGGCAAGCUGAAGAAGAGGUCGGUGGCCAUCUCCCUCCCCAAGGUCAGCCUGGAAGUCAGCCACGACCUCCACAAACACUUGGCCGAUCUCGGCUUAACCGAAGCCGUCGACAAGAACAAGGCCGACCUGUCCAAGAUUUCGGGCAAGAAGGACCUCUACCUCGCCAACGUCUUCCACGCGGCGGCUCUGGAGUGGGACACGGAGGGAAACCCCUACGAGGGCGACAUCUACGCUCUAGAAGAGAUGAAGAACCCCAAACUCUUCUACGUCGAUCACCCGUUCGUCUUCCUCAUCAAGGACAAUAAGACAAAUUCCAUCCUCUUCAUCGGCCGGCUAGUCAGGCCCAAAGGGGAGAAAAUGCGAGACGAAUUGUAGUGUGCGGCUGGGGCAAAAUUGGGUGGGGGGUGGGGAGGGAGGGGGCAUGUUAGGUAUCCUGUAUGAACCCACUGGUGCUACUUAGGACCACCGUGAGCAGACUCUUGCCCUUGCUGUUACCUUUCGGGGGGGAGGGCACAGUUGUUUGGCAAGGUAUUCCUGUGAACAACUGUGAAGGAAUCUGUUACCUUG